UCGGGCUGGCGCGGGCGCCGCGGGCCAGCGGCAGCGCUGAGCUGCCAGGGCCCGCCCGGGCCGCGGAGCGGCGGGACGAGGCGGCGGCUCCUGGGCCUGGGCCUGGUGACCCCGACACCCUUCUGCUUCGGUUUUGACCAACUUUGGUUUUCAUGACAAUGGAAUUUUUCCUCUCCACCAUGGCAAGAAAGAACCUCUUCCUCAGCCUCCUGCUCUGCUACAGCCUGUUCAGGGCUGCUGACUCCCACUUGGUCAUUGAGGAGAAGACAGAAUGCAACGUGUCCAGGAGGAGCAAAAUGGACCUCUCAGAUCUUCCACCCAUCUCCAUCGUAGAUUUAACUAGAAAAUCCCAGAAAGUCAGCAGGAAAGAAGCAGAGAACAAGAAAUCUUCCAAGAAAAAUGCUAAACGCAAGAUAUCUCCAAAGCCAAGGCCCCCACCUGCUGCUAACUGUGUGCCAACCUUCAAAACCUGCAAGCCACACUUGAAUUCCUGCUGUCACUACUGUGCUUUGUGCAAAUGCCGAAUCUUCCAGACGAUCUGCCAGUGCCUGAUGCUAAACCCCAAGUGUUAAGCCAAGUCAGAAACACAGCAAGCCUUCUGUCUUUCAUUAGCUUCUCAAGUGCAUAUUUCAAAUUGCCCCAUGUCUCUAGUAAUCAAAAUAGAGAGCUCUGAAGCUUGAAUUUACCCCUCUUAAACUUUAAUGGACAGUUGUUUUUAUGGGGUUAAUGUUACCACAAGCUGGAUGUUAUUUCAGGAAGCAGACAGUCAGGGAGAUUGGCACUGAUUAGGCAUUUUUAGCAAAAGAGCUGUGCUUUAUAAUGAAUUCUGGAUUCCUGUGGGUUUGAGCUUUUAUUUGAAGGAUCAUAUUAAUGCCAGACUGCAGAAUUAUCUAACCAGCACCAUAAAACCUGCCCCCAUGGCAUCCAAAUGGCCACUAAAACAGGACUGGUUAGGCCAGUGAGGGACUAGAGCUUGGCUUUGCCCACAGGGACAUCACCAGCAUACAGCACAGCCAAAGUAUCAGGCUGAAAAUUCAGGGUUUGGGUUUAACUCCCAUUUUGACACAUUCAAAAAAAAUCAGGACAAGAAUUUAUCUAGGUUAUUCCACCUGCAAAGAUGGACCCAAAGCUAUAAGGACAUUUUUUUAGUCAUUCUCAGUUAAGCAUUCACCUUCAGGGGUUUUGGUCAUUCUGCCACCAGGCAGUACCUCCCAGGGGUAUGACAUACAUAUAUACUAUAAACCUAAAUGUAUCUGUGCCUUGGAAUAUAAAAAUCAGAUGCUUUUUUCUCCAGACAUAUCCGUAGGAAUCAGCUCUUCAGCCUUUCUCCUCCUGCUGCCAAGGACACUGCAUGUACAGAGCCCAAAAGCAGGAAGACAUAUCUGGGACUUGGAGGAAGAAAGGAAAGAUCAGCAGAAGAUGAAUGUAUGUCCCACAUGUACGUCUUGAAGCAAACCAUUCCAAGGAAUCAAUUCUUUGCCCUUUCUUGCUGCAGGAACUCCCAGAACCAUCUCCAAGGCUGAAUUCAGGCAGGAACAUCCAAGUGCUGCAGCAGCCAGGGGAAAACAAUACAUCACAUGCUGUAUCAAGACUUAAAGGCUCAGAAAGAGAUGGCUGAAGCUCAAGGCAACAGAAGAUUUAUUUCUUUUGUUGUUAAAGCUCUUUGUCUUAAAUUUGAGGUAUCCAAGAUGGCACAGAAGGAAAACCCUUCUUGGUUAAAUUCCCAGGAGAGCAAGGAGGGAGCAGACCCAGAAAAUGUCCCUGACACUGAAGACUUUUUAUUUGCCAGACUCCAGCUCUUGUUUUUUACCUCCUCUGUUCUGUACCCACUGUGUCUCUCCCCUGCUUCCUUACACUCUUUUUUCUUCUGUCCUACUUCCUUGCUUUUAGUGUUUUUUCCUUUAUCCAGCUGCUACUCUUGGUUCCCACAGGAGCACUCCAGGGCUAACCCACAUCUCCUGUGCUCUCUCCACCUGCCUACACCAAGGUCCCUUUCAGUGCUCUUUAGCUUUCACAACCAGAUUUUUCUGGCCAUGAAUUUAUAAUCCCAAUCAGGAAUUUUCUAAUCCCCUCUGCAGGUCUAACUGAGAAGACAGUUGUUUACUGAUUUAUUUCUAAACACAGCUGAAGGCUACAAAAAUCUUCUAGGCAGAAAAAGAUGAUGCAGGUGACACUCCAAAGGGGCUUAAGCCAUAUAAAAGAGUUUUUUUUAAAAAAUUCUAAUAAUCAGUCUAAAGCCCAGAACUCAAAACUAAGGUCAGAUAUUGACAGAAAUUUUUGUUCAUACUAGAUACAUAUAUAGUUGUUGGAUUAAUCUAAGAAAGAGCCCUAAUGAUGUCAGAAUGUCAUUGUGUUCCUUAUGUUUUAUAAGGCACAUCAAUUGGCAUGUCUGAUAUAAGCUUGAAUUCUUGUAAAUAUACGUAAGUAUGUCUUUUAGCCAGAUUUCUUGGCUCUGGAAUCUGUAAGCCACUCAGUUAUUAUGAAAAAGGAGAUUAGAAGGAAGAACAAUACAUUAUAAUGGAUUUCAUAAUGUGGCUGCUUCUUUUAGUAGGUAAAGAUUUAUGUUCCAUCAAAAAUUUUCAAAAUUCUCGUAACCAUAACAAACUGUUGUUGAUUUGAUGCCUUCAGCUGUAGCUUUAAUAUUUUUCAGAUUCUGAACUGCAUUGGUAUAGAACUCUGAACUUCAUAUAAAGUGUCAGCAAGUUCUCCUCGCAGCUCAGUCUGACAAAACAAUUCUUUUCCAGCCCCAGAACCAAGGACACCACUGCAGCUUCAGGCCCAAAAAGUGCAAACAACAAAAAGCCCCAAAAGGCCCAAAUAGUGUAAACAACAGCAAAUUGAGGAGAGCUGGGAGGAUGGGACUGCAGAACCUGGAGCUGGAAUUGGACAAUUGACCCCAAUAUGGAAAUGGACCAAAACUUAUAAAAGUGUGAAAACUUGUGACCCAGGGUCCAUCUGGGGUGUAGCCUUGGCCAGGAUCUUGUGCAGGAUGCAUCCUUUGAAGGCCUUUUAAUAAAUCCCUACUUUAUUCCUUUAACACUGCCUAGCCUCUGUUCAGGUAGCCUCUCAAGGCAUCAGAUUGAUACUAAAACAUACCAAUCAUCACACUACUUCUUAUAUGGAAACAAGAUAAUUUGUUUCCUUUCAUAACAGCAAGUCCAGCUGGUCAGAAAAAUUAGAUUUUACCAUGGUAAAAAAAAUUAGAUUUUACUCAAGGGGAGUGGGAGCAGAGGGAAGGGAGGGGAAGGAAGGAGAGCCAGAAAUCCAGCAAACAGCUGCUCUCAACUGCAGCUCCCACUCCAGCUUUGCAGAACCUCAGGAUGGUCGAGGUCAGCAGAGACCUCUGGCAGCCACUCAACUGGAUCUGCUUGCCCAGGACCACAUCCAGACAGCACCUGAACAUCUCCAAGGAGGGCAACUCCACCCCCUCCCUGGGCAGCCUGUCCUGGUGCUCUGGCACCCUCACUCUCCAUUAAAACCAGGAAAAGAAAUGUUUCCUGAUGGUUGACUCUCUGCAGUGUGUUCCUGUCUCUGGCACUGGGGGCCCAAACGGGACACAGCAGUCCAGGGAUGAGCUCCACAGUGAGCAGCAAGGAGGGAUCCCCCCUGACCUGCGGUGACAAUGCUCCCAAGACAGCCCAGUUCACCUUCUGGUGACUCUUGGUCAGCUCGGUGCCCCCCAGGUGCCCCAGGGCCUUUCCUGGCUCCCUGCUGGGUGUCCCCAGAGCGUCCUGGGCUUGUUCCUCCCCAGGGACAGGACUUUGUGCUCCUCUUGCUGAGCUGGCCCGCCUGGCUCAGUCCCUCUGGACAGCAGCACAUCUCUCUGGCACAGCAGGGCUGUGUGCCCAGACACCUCUGAGGGGCCCCACAUCAUGAUGGAGAUGUAACACAACUUGGGGCUCUCAGACAAGGAAAUUAAAGUGCCAAGACCCACCAAAGGACCUCCGGACAUGACAGCUGACCCAAACAAGCACAGGAUGAUGCAUGUAGGCAACGAAGGAAAAGGAAAAAAAGCUGUCAAUGACAGUAAGGGGAUUUGUUUUUCAAGAUAUAUGGAUAUAGUUUUUAAUAUAGCUGUAGUUUUUAAUAUAUCUGUAAUGUAUUUUUAAUUUGAUUUAUUAAUAAGCCUUCUUUGUAACUGGAAUUGAUUAGAAAGAGUCUUUGCUUUCUUUGCUGUUCAUCUAUCACACCAGAGAAUACAUAUAAUCAAAUACUCUGAAAUUGUUACUAGCCUUAGUGA